AUGACGAAAGGCGAUCGAGAAAAUGGCCUAAAGAAGCACGCCUAUGCAAUUAGACGGUUGUGGGUUAAGGCAGAGCGAUCUUUGUCGCUGGACGUAACGUCUGUCUGUCGCUUCUAUCAGUGCUCUUGGCAUCAGCAGCGCCAAGAAGCAAGAAAUCCCUUCAGGACUUGGAGCAGUCCUUCCUGCACAGGCUUCAUCAGCCCUGGCACAGCCAAGAAGCACAACCGAGCCUUCCUCGCAAAGGGGAAUACCCGUGCAAAGGUGGAAGUUGCAAGAGCAAACGCCCAUGCGAGGAUUGCCAAGGUCAUGUUCCUUUGGACGUCGGAUGGGAGAAAA